GACGCCGGAUCUCCGCCCACCCCUUUGAGUGCCCUCCGCAGCUCCUGCCGGGAGGUGCCAGGCCCCUCACGACCUCUGCCCUUAGAGAUGCCCCCAGGCGGCCAGAGGGACCGAGAAGAUGGCCCGGGGCGGCUGGUCUGCGGCAAGGUCUUCCCGCCAAGGCCUCUGCCGCUGGGCCUCCCGGCAGGAUCCAAGCCCCAGCUGUGCCACCGAGCCCUCGGUUACUCCUCCCAGACGGACGGGAGUUCCCAGAGGAUGGAGGAUGCUUUUGGGGACCCCCCGGGCCCUCCCCUGGAGGAGCAGGCAGGAAGUCAAGCCCCCCAGCCCGGCGGGGAGGCUGGGCAGAUUCUCGACAGCCUGCCCAGCGAAGCACCCCAAAGGCUUUCCGAGGGCGGGCACGGCGAGAAGGAGAUGUGCUCCGUGGCCCCAUCUUUCCCGGCCUUCCUGGCUUCGUCCAGCCGGUCCUGCCAGACCUCGCCCACCUGCCCGUCCGCCUUCGAGGACGAAGGCUACCCCAAGGCCUCCUCGGGGCUGCCAGUCUUUGGGUCUCUGGGCUACCCUGGCCCCGAUGCCCGCAGCGGGAACUACCAGUGCCGCCUGCAGGCGCUGAACUUCUGCGUCAACGACCACAGCUAUGGCGCAGCCUUGGACCACCUCUUGGCCGGACCCCCAGCGGCCGCAGCCUCUUCAGCGCCAGCCCUCCAGCCAGCCCCCUUCACGCACCUCCUGGGGGAGCAGGAGACUUGGGCUGGGGGGCCCUUCUCCCUCCCUGGGGGCAACGGGUACCCUCUGGGCCUCCCCCACUGCCUCUACAGGACCCCAGGCAUGUUUUUCUUUGAGGGAUAGGAUGGAGGGGAGGGGGUUAGGGUUCGGAAAAGGGUUUAGGGGCCUUUUAAAAACCAGAAGUCUCAAAAUCCCCUAAGAGACUAGGAAAGUAACUUUUCCAGACUAUGGGCUGUGGCUUGGCAUUCGCGAUUCGCUUACGGACUCCUGCCGUGAACAGUUGGAAAGGACGAUGAGAAAGAAACUGCCACUCCUCUUUCUGAUUUCCUCCAGAUAAAAAACGUGACACGCUCCUUGCUGGAUAGGACCAAGCGUUUUAUUUGCAUAGACAUAUGUGUGCCUUAUUUAAUUCCCUUUAUCGGAGGCUUUCAAAUAGGGUUCGCGCUGCCCUCGGUCAGGGAUUCUCGAACUCAGGAUUUCCUGCAUCAGCGAUCGGGUAGGACUCGGAUGGCUCUCGGGGGGUCCCCCUUCCAACUUGACGGGUCGGUGAUUCCAGUGUUUUGAUUUGAGACUAGCCAGGUAAAUGCACUUCUGUGCAGACCCCGUUGCUCUGCUGGAAGAGAGCAAAACAUUUGCUAGGGAAGGUGGAAGCUGAAAGCCAUGUUUGGGAAAAGUAGAAAAAGUCAGAAGUGAAAACUUCAGCUCACAAAGGAGGGCCAAAUCCUGGCCAGCCUCCGAUUUCAGCUAAAUAACCGCAGGACACGCUGGUCAGUAACUUGCUUGGUGGGCAGGCACUUUUUCUACCUGGUGUGGCCGAGCUCUUUGGCAGCAACUGUUGUGAACCGCUGGCAUGUCCUUUUGACUAGAGAGAGUAAAAUCGAGGGGAUCAAAAUAGCGCUAGUUGGUUUCAACUAUGUUGUUUUCUUCUAGAAAAAUUGUUUUUUUUAAAAAACAAAACUGAACCAAAAACAUUGGAACCCUUAAAAACAGGGUACUUAGCACAUGACCCGAGGUUGCCCAAUACACAAUUCUUAUGCCAGUGUACUGUAUUCAAAUAGUGUGACUGCAGAUCAGCCUAGCUGUGUUAUUUAUUGAAAUUUGUUCCAGACCACUUCCCUCUGCAAGGGGGAGGGCACCAGUUGGCAUAGAUCAGUGGGUCCUCCUUACUUUGGGUGACCCAGGUUUUCUUGGACUCCAGUUCCCAGAAGCCUUCACUGCCAGCUGUGUUUCUGGGAGUUGCAGUCCAAGAACACCUGGGUCAGCCCAGGUUGGCAACCCCUGGCGUUGAUGCUUCCUGGGGAUUUAAAUGCCACCUCCUAAGCAUGAACCAUCUAACGUCUGUGCCACACUGUUUUCCAGAGGUCAGCCUUUACCUUUUUUUUUAAGGCAAACACUCUUCACAUGCUCAGAAUCAGAUGCGCGCGCGCUCUCUCUCUCUCUGAGGACCCGAAAACCACUCAUAAUAAA